UGUGCCCCAGGGUCCCGGCUGCGCGUUCCAGCUGUGAGAACAGAUGGAGGCAGCACGGCUCACCUCGGGGGCUCCGUGCCCGCUGUGCGCCGAGGUCCAGGCUGAGGAGGAGGUCUAGAGCCCCCGGCUGUCCCGUCUCCCACCAGGCUGCGGGGAACCAGCUGCCGCACCCCUCCUACCAAGUAGGGAAGAACGGGGCCUCACCCCUAUAGGUCCCAGAAUUGGGGGGAAUAGAGAGCCGGUUCCUCCCACGGCGCACCCAUCCCCAGGGGCUUGUCUAGGACUCUUGCUCCCCAAGACCCCUUCCCCUGGCUUCCAGCCUGGGCGCAUCUGAGAAGCGGACCCCUGCCCGGACGCGCCCCGCCCCUGGCCCCCGCCCCGACGACGUCGCAUUAGCAUGAGCCACGCCAGUGGCCGGGGCAUCACUCGGGGGCCGAGACUCACCGCGUCAUAGCCCCAAGUGGAAGGAGAAAAAAAAAAAGAGGCGGCGGCGGCGGAGAAAGAGGCAAGAGCGGACGCGCGGGGUGGGGAGCGCGGUGGCGGGCUGGAGAGACGGCGGGUGGUGGCAGCAUGCCCCUGGGCGGGCGCACACUGCCUCUCUGCUUGGCAGGGGCCGCUCCUGCGCUCUCUGGGCACCGCGCGUCCAGUCUCCCGCCUCAGCCCCUCUGCUUGCCCGCCUCCGCGGUCGCACCUGAAACCUCGGCAACUGGUCCCUGGAGCAGCUAAGAGCAGCGGCGCCGCGCGGGACAGUCCUUGCUUUUCUCUGAGCUCAGGGAUAUGAGCCCCACAGCCACCUGAAGCACAGGGGGCGCUACGCGGCUAGGACCGCGCCCCCGAAGUCCCAUACCCUAGCCUCUGCACUGCGGGACGCCGGCACCCGACUCCGGCAGAGGCGUCUUCGGAAGAGCAGCGGGUGGGGGCAUGGAACCCACCGCGCCAACCGGGCAGGCCCGGGCGGCGGCCACCAAGCUGUCAGAAGCGGUGGGAGCCGCGCUACAAGAGCCCCGGAGGCAGCGACGCCUGGUGCUGGUCAUCGUGUGCGUUGCACUGUUACUGGACAACAUGUUGUACAUGGUCAUCGUGCCCAUUGUUCCCGACUAUAUCGCCCACAUGCGAGGGGGCAGCGAGAGCCCUACCCUGGUCUCUGAAGUGUGGGAACCCACCCUGCCGCCGCCCACUCUGGCUAAUGCCAGUGCCUACUUGGGCAACACCUCGGCGUCCCCGACGGCUGCUGGGUCUACCCGAUCAAUUCUGCGGCCUCGCUACCCUACAGAGAGUGAAGAUGUGAAGAUAGGGGUGUUGUUUGCUUCCAAGGCCAUCCUGCAGCUGCUGGUGAACCCCUUGAGCGGGCCUUUCAUUGAUCGCAUGAGCUACGACGUGCCACUGCUUAUUGGCCUGGGCGUCAUGUUCGCCUCUACAGUCAUGUUUGCCUUUGCAGAGGACUAUGCCACGCUCUUCGCGGCGCGCAGUCUACAAGGCCUGGGCUCAGCCUUCGCGGACACGUCUGGCAUUGCCAUGAUCGCCGACAAGUAUCCGGAGGAGCCUGAGCGCAGUCGUGCCCUGGGCGUGGCGCUGGCCUUCAUCAGCUUUGGAAGUCUGGUGGCGCCACCCUUUGGGGGUAUCCUCUACGAGUUCGCCGGCAAACGCGUGCCCUUUCUAGUGUUAGCUGCCGUGUCGCUCUUCGACGCGCUGCUGCUGCUGGCGGUGGCUAAGCCCUUCUCGGCGGCGGCUCGGGCGCGGGCCAACCUGCCCGUGGGCACCCCUAUCCAUCGCCUCAUGCUGGACCCUUACAUCGCUGUGGUAGCCGGCGCGCUCACGACCUGUAACAUUCCCCUUGCGUUCCUCGAGCCCACCAUCGCCACAUGGAUGAAGCACACAAUGGCGGCAUCCGAGUGGGAGAUGGGCAUGGCUUGGCUGCCGGCUUUUGUGCCGCACGUGUUAGGCGUCUAUCUCACCGUGCGCCUAGCGGCGCGCUAUCCACACCUGCAGUGGCUGUAUGGCGCUCUCGGGCUGGCGGUGAUUGGAGUGAGCUCGUGCAUCGUGCCUGCCUGCCGCUCCUUCGCGCCGCUGGUCGUCUCGCUCUGCGGUCUCUGCUUCGGCAUCGCGUUAGUGGACACCGCGCUGCUACCCACGCUCGCCUUCCUGGUGGACGUGCGCCACGUAUCAGUCUAUGGCAGCGUCUAUGCCAUAGCUGACAUCUCCUAUUCUGUGGCCUAUGCUCUCGGGCCCAUAGUGGCAGGCCAUAUCGUUCACUCGCUUGGCUUUGAGCAGCUCAGCCUUGGCAUGGGCCUGGCCAACCUGCUCUAUGCACCGGUCCUAUUGCUCUUGCGUAACGUGGGCCUCCUCACACGCUCGCGUUCUGAGCGCGAUGUGCUGCUUGAUGAACCACCGCAGGGUCUGUACGACGCGGUGCGCCUGCGUGAGCGUUCGGUGCAGGGCACGGACGGCGGCGAACCUUGCAGCCCGCCUGGCCCUUUUGAUGGGUGCGAGGAUGACUACAGCUACUACACUCGCAGCUAGCAGACCCGCUUCUCCUCCAGGCCACCUGCUCUCCCCGUUUAGGUCAAGGUGGGCAUUCUGCGAGAGCACUGGCCAACUAUGGCUUGGGGCCCACCUCCUCCAGCGAGUACCCUAGUACCCUCUCCAGUCUUGAAUUCCCUUGUUGGGAUCCCUUCUCCAUGACCCAUCUCAAUCUAACCCCCUUCCCAUACACACUCUCUUAUCCGCUGAGGGAAUGGAGCAGGGAGGCAUGAGAAGCUAUUGGGCUCCUGGCAGAGGUGAAGAGGUGUGCGGGGUGAUCUCCAAUCACCGACCGAGUGCCCCAAAAUAGUCAUGCAACUGUUUGUCCUUCCUGCGGGUCUUUCCAGUGCCAAACUUGAUCUGCUGCACCCCGGUGCUUCCGGCCUGAAUUAAUAAACCAUAUCUGUCU